GAUAUCUUCUUCUAUCACACUCUCACAAUUUCAAGAUAGCGAUCGAAGAUAUCAACCAAACAUCAUAUCCCAGCAAAACUAACCGCUGUCAUCACUCAGCAAGCAACUCCUAACCAAUCCUAGCACCAGAUAACGACAAUGAACCAAUUCGAGCAUCCAGUAUACCCGUUUGGUUACACGACCUCAGCACCUCAUUCUCGGGGAUACCUCUAUCCACCAAUGCCGCAGUUUUCUCAGCCACAGCAGCAAGAAGCCCAGAAUCAAACAACCAUGACAAUCACCGUCCACGACAAUGACAUUCUCAUGGGACGAGGAGGCAAGAACAAUAUGCACAUUGGCAAUGAGAAAUUGCGUCAACUGGCCCGUGCCAAGGCCAGCAAGUACAUCAAGGCCGACAAGAGAGAAAAGUCGCUCAUGUCCCUGGACCUGGUCGCUCAGGUCCAUGCCAUGACACCUGCUGGACGCUUUUUGAAGCGUGAUCCUGUCAGCAUGAAUUGGCAGUUGGUGCCUUCGGAACUCGCUCGAGAGAAAGCUUCCCAGUGCUUGCGAGAUGCCGUAUCGCAAAUCAAGAAACGACGUGAUUCCGAUUCGUCGUCUUCUGCUGGCAGUGCCAUGGAAGGAAUCAGCACUCCCAGCAGCAAAGCCACACAAAAGAUGGCCAACAAACAGCAACGCCCAGCACCUGUGACUUCCCAUUCCAAAUCACUCAUCCAGCAGCAUCAGGCGCAACAACAACAGCAGCAGAAAGUCAGGAGCAAGAAACGUGGUGCUGUUCUUGUGGACAUGUCGUCAUCGCAGCCAACCAUGAUGAGGAAUCACAAGAGACAGCGCACCACUCCACAGAAACGAGACGAAAACAACAACAACUACACACCAAUCUCCAUUCCUCCGGCCAUCAUGUCCGACAUGCUCAGCAACUACAGUCCCAUUCCUCUUCGGAACAUUCACAACCCAUCCGUUGUCUCUGAAGACGGACUACCCUUUGCUGAUUUUGACUUGUUCUUUGACAAUCAUUCCCUUAGUGGUGCUCAUGACGAAAACGACCAUGGCUUGGAUGUAUCCGGGUUUCAGUUUUAGUUGUCCUUGUCCGUAUAGUUGUUGCAGGGUUGUUAUAUGUAUCAAGGAUGGUGAAAGUGAAAUGUGUAAAGGAAUCUAUUUGUUAAAAAAGUAAUUACUAGCGUAAUGUCACACGUACAAACUGCUUUCUAGUUUCUCCGCUAGCGUCAGAGGACGCCAUGG